CUGCUCACUCCGACUCGACACGCCGCUCCGACCCCUCACUUGCACUUGCACCGUCCAAUCCAGCACGCCAGACGAAUCAACAAAACCCGGGGGCUCCAUCAUCCUCUUGUUGUUCCUCUUUCUCCUAGUCGAAGCAAAGUCGUCUCUCUCUCGCAGUCACAUUCCUCUCUCCUUCUCUUCUCUCCCUCUCUCCCCCCUCACCACUCUUACACCCCCCACCCCCCACUCUUCACGAUGCCUGCCGACUCGACCCCCGCGACGACCCUUUCGUCAAUCAAGUCGACGGCCGAUGCGCUCGUCAAGCCAGGAGAGACCGAGCUCCAGCGCUGGAGGAGGACCUUUGACAAGUUUGCGACGACCGAGGACGGCGGUAAAAAGUACCUCAACGAGAGCGAGUUCAUCGACGCCAUCGCCCCCACCGACGAGGGCUUCAACCGCAUCAACCGCGAGCAGUACGGUGUCCUCUUCCGCGUCGCCGCCUCGCGUCAGACCAACCUCGUGUCGUUCGAAGACUUUGUCGUUUUUGAGACCCACUACCAGCUCGCCUUCUCCGUCUUUGACGUCGAUGACUCCGGAGCGAUCGACUUUGAGGAGUUCAAGUCGGUGCUGCAGGAGAACAUUGCCAGCAGUGGUAUCCCCUUCAACUUUGACUGCGACUGGAUCAAGCUCUACCUCGGCAAGCGUGGCACCAAGCAUGUUCUUGGCUACUCCGAGUUCACGCAGCUCAUCAAGGGCUUCCAGGGCGAGCGUCUCCGCCAGUCGUUCCACUACUUUGACAAGGACGGCGACGGAUACAUCAACCCCGAUGAGUUCCAGCGCAUCAUCAUCGAGCUCGCGGGCCACAAGCUCUCCGACUCGGUCCUCCAGCGUCUCCCCACGCUCACGACCAUGAACCCCGGUCGCAAGAUCUCGUACUCCGAGGUCAUUGCCUUCCACAACAUUAUUCGUGACAUGGACACUGUCGAGGCCCUCAUCACCCGCGCCGUGCGCAAGUCCAAGGACGGCCGUAUCGACGUCUCAGACUUCCUCAACGAGGCCGCGUCGAGCAUGCGCUACUCGCAGUUCACCCCCAUGGAGGCCAACAUCAUUUGGCACUUUGCCUCGCGCGGCGAGGCUGGCCACGGUGCUGGCCAGCGUCUCACCCUCAACGACUUCCAGUCGCUCCUCGACGCCAAGUGGCAGCCGCCUUCUACGUCGCCCAUCGAGGCGGCCGAGAAGGCCGGCUUUGUCGCGCAGCUCGGUCAGUCGACUUGGAGCUUCAUCCAGGGUGGUAUUGCCGGUGGUAUCGGUGCCUUUACCGUCUACCCCAUUGACCUGGUCAAGACUCGUCUCCAGAACCAGCGUUCCAACGUUGUCGGCGAGGUUCUCUACCGCAACUGGCUUGACUGCGUCAAGAAGGUCUACGCGAACGAGGGUGGUAUCCGUGCCUUCUACCGUGGUGUCCUUCCCCAGCUUGUUGGUGUCGCCCCCGAGAAGGCCAUCAAGAUUACCGUCAACGAGCUCGUCAGGAAAAAGGCCACCGACCCCGAGACUGGUCGCAUCUCUCUCGGCUGGGAGCUGAUUGCUGGUGGUGCCGCUGGUGGAUGUCAGGUGUCCGUCACCAACCCUCUUGAGAUUGUCAAGAUUCGUCUGCAGAUGGCCGGUGAGAUGGCUCGCGCCGACCCCGGAAACGCUGCUCCCCGUGGUGCGCUCCAUGUCAUCAAGCAGCUCGGUAUCUUUGGUCUCUACAAGGGUGCCGUCGCGUGUCUCUGGCGUGACGUUCCCUUCUCGAUGAUCUACUUCACUGCCUACGCCCACCUGAAGAAGGACAUCUUUGCCGAGGGCCACCGCGGCAAGCAGCUCUCGUUCGGCGAGCUCCUCCUCGCUGCCGGUAUCGCCGGUAUGCCCGCCGCCUACCUCACCACCCCCGCCGACGUCAUCAAGACGCGUCUCCAGUCGCAGGCUCGUGCUGGCCAGACUGUCUACAAGGGCUUCUUUGACGGCUUCCGCAAGAUUCUCCAGGAGGAGGGUGUCAAGGCGCUCUACAAGGGUGGUAUUGCCCGUGUCAUCCGUUCGUCGCCCCAGUUCGGUGUCACCCUUGCCGUCUACGAGGUGCUCCACAAGCAGUUCCCUUACCCCUGGGCCCCCGAGGCUCACGUCGUUGCUGGCGCCACUCGCCCCACGCGCGCGUCGCACACCGACAUCUCGCGCAUCCGCGCGCGCAACGGUCUGCGCAUCCUCCUCGACUGCUCGAGCCAGUUUGGCAUGGUCAGCCCCGAGCAGGCCGCCAAGCGGGUGCAGAGCCUGCCCAAGGCGCUGCGGGCGUAAGCGCAAGCGUAGGGACGAUGAGUCGGCGUCGGCGCGACCGUCGUGUCAUCCACGACCACGACGCACACGCGCAUCUAAAAAACGAGAGCAGGAUCUACCAAGAUGGUUGCAUUAGCAUAGGCGAGGGCCGGGCGAGGACGACGCGCCGUGGCCAAGAUACCCGAGUUGUGUCACGAGUAGUGUCGUCGUUUUAUCAAUUGGGACAAUGGUGUGCUGAGUGUGGAG